GGAGCACUCACUUAGGGUUUGGAGUCGGUAUCUGGAUUAAAAUCCCAUGCCUCGACUGGGAUCCAAACCCAGUACCUACCAGCCUGUAGACCGAUGGCCUGCCACGACGCCACCGAGGCUGGUAACAAGGAGAUUGUCUCUCGCCUUAUAUUUCUUAUUCUGUGCUGAAAUGCUAAGUAUUUUGGUGAGAAACAACAAAGAUAUUAAAGAUAUCACCAUUAAUGGCACUGAAUAUCUAGUAUCAAACAUAUGCUAGAACCCACUAUAUUGUGAAUUAUACAAAAUUGAGUUAAUCACCAUGUCAGCAUUCGGAAGAUUACAUUUCUCAAAACUUUAAUAUUACAUGUACCUAACAUCACAAACGUAAGGAUCAAUUGUCUAGGUUGUUUGACAUUCAUCGGGUAUGAACAAAAACAUCAUCUACAAACUGUGUGAAUUGGCAAAGCUGUCAAAGCUGUAAACACAUAAGCUUGCAGAUGAUUCCAAUGGUCUAACUAUAAAAAAUCUUAUUAUUCAUGAAGAGUAUUUCAUUACAGUAAAAAAGGAGAAAAAUAAUAUUAAAAAAUAGGUUUUGCAAAGAUGUAUACUUAUCAGUUGGGUGUUAAUACAGCAAAACCAAAAUCUUGAAUAUUUGGUACCAUAACAAAAUAAAGACAAUAAAUAGAGGCUAUUUUAUGUUUUGAUUUUUAAUACAAUUUUUAUGUCCCGUGAAACUUUUGUAGAAAAUGUACUUAACCAUGGACUUUUUAAAAGAAAUAUGAAUAAAAAUUACCUUUAUUUAUAACCUGACAAAGUGAUCAUCCAAAACCUCCCCCCAACCCCUCCCCAAACAAAGCAUGAAUCGAACACAAAGUUAAACUUUAACUUAUACUCAACAACAUGACAUUGUGUCACCAUUAUUUGGCUUUGUACUUGAUGAGUUUUAGAUAUUUUACAUUCAUUGCACUUCAUAUCCAUUUUUUAUAGGUACAAUUGUUUAAAUUACAUUUUUUUAUUUUUCAAAUAUCAUCAGAUGCAUUGUUAAUCAUAGAUCUAAAAACAACGAAGUGAUACUGACCUCAAUAAUUAGAUCAUAAGUUACAAGGGGGAUAACUGAAUCAUGAACUUGUUCACAAAAAUAUAUACAUGUAUGAUAUUUCUAUAUUUUCCCUACAACUAAAAUACAGUGAAAAUAUGACAUUUCGCCGAAUAUCACUUUUAUGAUUUCUGUAGAUCUUCUAUCUAUAUAUUUCCUAGCUAAGUAUAUAAUAUUUUUUUUUUUUUACAUCAAUUUAUUAUAUAAAGAAAGACAUUGUGUUUAUAAAUUACAUUAUCAAUCUCAAGAAAAAACCUUUUAAAUCAAAGAUGAUGUGAAUGCUGUAAAAUCUUUCUCAUACUCAUUACACAUGAAAAAACCCCAUUCCUAAAGAAAGGCUGUUACAAACAUCCCAACAACCAAUGAAAUGACUUAAAUCUUUCAAUUAGUUGAAAAGAAAAUAACUUUGUUAAUUUCUAGCGAAUAUGAGUUGUUUCCUCAACAGUCCAUGGUGACAAGCUGAAGAGAAAUGCACAAAUGUGGAUGCCCAAGAAGCUGUUGUAUGUCGAACUCCACUGCCCACACCCAGCAUGUGAGAAGAAGGAGCUGACAUCUGCUGGGAUAUACCCUCGUGUGCGUCAGGUCCUCGACAUUGACGGGUACUACAGCUUGGCGGCCGAAUACCUGGAGUGUUCCAGAUGCAAGAGAAAGGUGAUCAGCUGGAGUGACGUCAUCAUCAAGCAGCUGGAUGUUGGCCAUUGCUUGCAGUUCCCAGUCAUCCUCACAUACAGAUAUGCCUGUGAUGUGAGAGUCAUCCGGAUGCUGAGGCAGUGUGGACUGAGAAACAACUUGUUCCAGUUACAGAAGAAGUUGCUGGAGCAACACAGCGAGGCCUGGCUACAAAAGACCGCUCACUACCUGACCGACUGCAAGGCUUUUGCAGAUGCCAAUCUCAACAGGCUAGUGCUGCGACCAUCAUUUGUGGAACCACCACCAGCUGCUUCGGUCCCAAAAUACAAGUGGCUGCUCAGUGCAUACUGCCAUGAUGUGAUGCUGAGGUUAGAUGAGAUCAAGUCAUCGAUCACCUCAACAUUUGGACAGGUGUUGAAAAUGGAUUCCACCAAGAAGGUGGUCAAAAAGCUUGCAGGUCACAGUGCAGGUACUGCUUCCUGGGCUACCAACAUAGGCAAUGAGCAUGGCCAGGUGCUGAUGAGUGUCCUCACAGCCAGUGAAGGGUGUGGUCUUGGACCGAUGGUGGCUGGCAUAGUGGGUCGCUAUGACAAGGCAGGUGUUCCUCCACCAAAGCUUCUCUAUGUUGACCGUGGCUGCUGUGGAAGGGAGUCACAACUGAGGGCAAUGUUCGCUGCAUGGCCUGAUCUCUGCAUAAGGCUGGAUGUGUGGCACUUUAUGAGUCGCUUCGCAAUUGGCUGCACCACCGAUGCCCAUCAGCUGUACGGAAUAUUUAUGGGUCAUCUGUCACAGUGUAUAUUUGAGUGGAAUAGGGAAGAUCUGCAAGCACUUAAAAAAGAAAAGCAGUCAAAACUGGUCAUGCAGCAUGUCGACAAGCCAUCCGAUACAGAUGUCAUCAAGCGUAUUAGCAAGAAAGAGUUAUCUACCCACUGCAGACGAAGGACUCGUGGUGUAGAUCAGACAUCAAAGCUGAUAGCUCAGUUACUGGAAGCUUUUGAUGGAGAGCAGGGUUUAGACACUCUCAGUCUUCCCUUACUGGAUAAAGGACGCAUAUGGGACAUCUGGGAGUCACAGAAGCAGCAUAUUGCCUGUAUCCAGGAUUCUGACGAUGUCCAGCUGUACACGGAGACUGCCACGUUGGUAAAGGGUGGAAUCAGUUUACUAGUCUACAGAUGUGCCUGUGGUUCUACAUCCCUCGGGUCUUUCAUCUCCAUUUGAACAGAUUCAUCACAGGUAAUUUAUUCAUUACAUCAUGCCACAUAG